AUGUCCUCUAACAGCAAUGCAGAAAAUAAUCAUGAAAAUAUGGCUAAUGAUUCGGAAGAAAAAUAUAAUGGAUUAUUGUAUGAGAUUGAAGAUCUGGAAAAAGUAAUAAUCUCACAGUUUCGUGAUUAUGAAGCCAAAGAUAAAAUUGUAAAGUUUUCUGUGAAAGUUGCUUUGGACUCCAAUCUUAUCAGAGAGACAAUUAUAUAUUCUACUACCAACAAAGAGAACAUUGACUCAAGUAAUCAAAAGACCAGCCAGUUAAGCACAUCAGUGAAGCUAAAUUUGCAAUUCAAAGAUUCAAUU